UCCCUUCGUCCUUUUCUGACUUUUUUGUAAUGUCUAUUUCCGUCUUUGUUUGAAUAUGAACAAUGUUCCAAACAUAAAAGUGCAAAAGCGAAUUAAUUACCAACAUUUAUAUUUGCAUUCUAUUGACAAGGUCAAAAAUCUCAGAAAAUUUUCUUUGUUUUUUGCAAAACUUUAUUUCGUUUAUUUUAAUUUUAAAAUAACUCAGAAAAUAAGUUAGACAUCACAAUAUUAGCGUGUCGAAUGUUCCCGCCAUGUCAUAGUUCCGUUAAUCGACGUGGCAGCACAAUCGAUAUGUUUGGAACGCUUGUGGUGAAACUUAUAUUAAAAAACGUGAUUUAAGAUUAUUUGAGGAAAAUGAGCAUGGAAGUUGACAAUUCUGACUUGCCUCCAGAAGCACAGCCAAUCAAAAGUCAAGAUUCCGGCGAAACAUCAACCGAAUCCACGGAUGAUGCCGAUAUCGGCGAAAAACUAACCUCCACAUCCGACAAUUUAGAAAAAAAUGAUACAGAAGAGCAGGCACCUGUCAAGGAAGAACUUAAAAAGUCUCCUAAACACAAGAGUGUUGACGAGCCCGCCGAAGACAAUUCCAAACCGGACAAAUCCGACGAAACGGAAGAGAAACCGGAGAAUGAAAUUGUCAAGAAAUCAGAUGACACUGAGGAGUCCAAACCUGAGGAACUCCCAAUACAAAAAGACAAUGCUUUAAUUCAAGCCGCGCAAGACGAGAUCAAAAGCCUGGAUCUGUUUGUAUGUGGUAAAUGUCAUCAUGUGUCUCACUUUCUGGAGGAGUUCCAAGAGCACAAAAGUGGCUUGUGCUCAAAGACACAGGUUUGCAGUGAUAAUCCUCCUGCUAAGAUCUGGGCGUUUUGCUUGUGGAAAGCCAAACAAACUAAGGAUGAGCCCAGUGAUAAACCUCGAUCAUCAUGGAACAUAUAUGAAACUUGGUGCAAGAUGCCUGCUUCAGAACGGGAGGUGUGGCAAAAGGCUGGAGAGGAACUUAAGAAUGCCACUAAUUUUGCAAAUGCUAAAAUAUGUGAAUCAAGAACUGUUGAAAAGGAUCCAUUGUCUCUGGAUGAUGACUCACAAGGAGUAAUUAAGAAGGAAAAUGAUGUAGUUGUAGUGGGAAAGAAUGGAGACACAAACAGAGCCUUUAAAAUAGUUAAAGAAAGUAUCAAACAAGAGUGCACUGUAGAAAAGAUCGUACAAAAACGUUUCAAUCCUCGACGAAAAACAUUUGAAUAUCAGGUCAAGUGGGCAAAUUAUGACAGCUCGGAGAACACUUGGGAGCCGCCAACAAAUCUAGAACGCUGUAAAACGAUGCUUGAAGAAUUUGAAGAAAUGUGGAAAAAACAAAAAGCUGAACAAAAGUUGAAUGGUACACCAAAAGGAAGAGGCAGACCUAGACUAUCAGCUUCCACACCCAAACAGUAUGUUGCAGCAGUUUCACCUGCUAAUAUGAUUCAAAGCACUGACUCAGCAGGAGGUCGUCCUCAGCGUGCUAGUAAACAGAAGGCGUUAAACCAAGUGAAAUCCUGGUGUGGUAACAUUUCAGAUACCGACGAAGGAAACGGUAAACGUCCUUACGACGAUGAUGAUAGCGACGAUUCCUUCGAAAAGAAAAUGAAACUGGAAGACUACUCAGACAGCGACGAUGAGAAACCAAAAUACUUUAGAAAGACACCCAAAACUACAACGACGACCACAACCGCCACAAUCGUUAACAACGGAGCUGGUGGAAAGUUGCCCCACAAUGUCUUUAUACCCGACGCCAACGGAGUUGUAAGAAUUAACCAGAAACAGUUGCCGUCAUUGAGCACCGGCGUUUAUAUUAUGUCCAAGACCGCGGGCAUAAUAAAAUUAGAUUCAACCACGUCUAAAGUAGCCACAAGUGGUGGCCAGACAAUCGUAAAAGUUGGUCCGAAAAUCGGCCAGACACAAGUAAAGGUCAUCAAACAAGAAGGACCGUCCGCUACAAGCAAACUGGUACAAAAUUCCCCGAAAGUGCCGACUAAAACGUACAAACCCGUAAUCACCAAAAUCAAACGUGCAGAACCAGACAAGUCCAGGGUUGCGUCAAAAGCGAAAGAUGACCUGAAGUCGUUGAUGUCGCAACCCACCGACGACGACUCCGACGAUGGCAUACCUGAGCUAGAAUUCCCCACAGAUUUACCGCUUCCAGAGCCGGAAAGUCCACCGGGCGACUUUGUUCUGGAUCCUGAGACAGGCAAAAUUGCCGGCAAGGAAUAUCCGGAACACGAGGAGAAACCGGUGGUUGUGAGCGAGAUUCCGUCGAAAACUUCCAUUGAAACGUCGUCGCUGGAGAAUAUCGUCAAGCUGGCGGCCGCCGAUAUAACCGAAGAGGACCUGAAGACGGACACGCCGAUAAUUAAUCAGUUGGCGACGCCCGUUACACUCGUUGAUACCGUUCCCAUGAGCAAAGCGGAUCAAGUGGGAUCAAUACAGGCCACCAUAGUGGAAACUGAAAGUGACAACUCAAUUUUGAAUAAGGCUCUCACCAACUCAAAUAUAUUGCAAAAGACACUUGUCUCUCGACCUAAGCCUCAAAUUCAAAAUCGAAUUCUCAACCACUCAAUCGGCCAGCAGCGUACGCCCCAAAUGAUGCGCAAUUCCCCGAUGGCAAUGCGUCAGAAUCAGGCCCAUAUGGCGAGAACGAAGCAAAUUCCGCCACAACCCAAGUACAAUAUAUCUUCCACAGUUAAAGUGGGCAAUGCUAGCGCCCGCAAUGUAUAUUCCAAAAACACCACAUUGGGCGAUAACACACCUAGGAGCAAAGUGGAGCAACACACAGUGUACAGGAAUGUCGGUGGGAUGAUGUCGAGGCAACAGCAACAAUCGUCGAGGUUGGCGCAGAGCGCAGCCAACAUGAAUGUGUACAAAACGUCGGUGCGCAAAGAGGUACCGGCACAAACGUCGCGCCCCAAGGCGGUGAUAAGCAUGCCGUCUUUGAUAGGAGACGACGAACCGACGGCGGCAGUGCAGAGUACGAGUGCAGCCGCAUUGGCCACUAUUUCGCAGCCACCCGCACCCACACCUUCCACAUCGGCAGCGGCCAAGGCACCCGCUGCAUCCAACGAGACCGAUUUGUCGGCUCUGACGUUGGAAGAGGGUGAAGGACCGAUGUUUAUCACGGGAGAUGAUGGAACCGUCUAUCAAAUAGCCGGUCGAAACGAGGAGGGUCAGACGAUACUGAUAACGCAAGGCAGCGACGGUCAGCAGCAGUGUCUGUUGGUGACGAACGACAUAACUGAGGAGGAUGCAGCCGCUUCGGCAGAUGAAGAGGCGGCGAUGGAAUUGGAAGAGGCUCCAAAGGUGGUACCUCAGCAGGAAACCGAGGUGACGGAUCCCUUAUCCGUUAAGACUGAAGAAGAAUCGGCAGAGGCCGAUGCGGGCGACUCGGCUGUUCAAGUAGUGGCGCAGUUGGUGCGAGCUUUGCCGCCCAGUCCCGGUGGUACUCACAAAGUAGUAGUAAUGUUGCCUGAUGGAAACCUCGUGGAGACCGAAGUUUCCCCAGAGGAGUAUGCAAGUUUGGAGUUAGAAUAAUUUUAAGGUUUUCUGUGUUGUACGUUUUGUUAAAGUGUAACUGUAAGAUAUUAGAACUAAUUGUAUCUCAAUUGAAAUGUGUACAAAGAGCAUUUAAAAUAUUUAUUUCUCUUGACCUUUGACUUUGCAAUUUUAAGAUCGCAUCUUAUAUUAAAUUUAUGGUUACAAUUAUGGUAGAAUUGUAAAGAUGUAAUAUAGUUUUCAUAAACAUAAUGUAAAUAUUUAUAUUCAUCUACAUUUUUGGUAGAUAUGUAGGAAAUCCUUGAUGUAGUAUUUUCAUAAUUAAUUGAACAUGAAAAAUACGAUUCGGGUUUUAUGUUUUGGAUAUAUAAAAAUUAAAGUUUUUACUAUUAAUUUUAUAACUAAA